AUGAAGUCGUCGUUUUUAAUAGGAUUCUUCUUGUAUUGUAUGGUACACUCGUCUCCAACGCCGUCAUUUCUAUCGGGAAGUGCACAAGUUAGCGUGGAAGCAAGAAUCAAUGUUGUCAAAGCCAUUGUCGAGGCAAUUCAGUCACUAAAUUCAUCAUUUGCUGAUACUGUUUUAAAUGCCAUAUCCGAAGCGAUGGCGAUUAGAGCAGAGGCAUCUGCUAAUGCAGCACAAUUAUUUGCCGAGCUAUUUACAAAUGAUUCAAACACUGUAGCAGCUGCCAUUUCUGAAGCUCUGGCCACUCGGGCGACUGCCGCUAGUAAUGCUGCUAAUGCGAUUGUUAGUCGUAUCCAAAGUGCUAACGAAGCUAUAUCUCAGAAACUAGCUGAACGAGCUGCAAUCGCUAGCGAAGCAGCCAAUGUAAUCGCUCAAUCCUUCGGUAGUUUGACACCAACAAGCGGAGGUGGUGGUAUUCUAGACAGUCUUCCAGAAGCUGCUAGAAACGCUGCUAAUUUAAUAGCAGAAGCCAUUUCCGACCGCAUUGAAGCACGCAAUAGUGCAAUAGCUGCCAUCGCCGAGGCUUUGGCUAACCAAGCAUCUAAUCCUGGAACAGGUGGUGACGCAUUUUCCGCACUCGCUAGUGCAGCCGAAAAUGUUCAAAUUGCAAUAGCAGAAGUGUUAGCCCAACGGGCAGAAGCAGCUACAGCAGCAGCCUCUGCAAUAUCCGAAGCUUUCUCUCAAAAUGCACAAAAUAUCGCAACCAUAAUUUCAAGUAUUUUGGCUCGGCGAGCUGAGGCUGUGAGUUCAGUAAUCAAUGCUAUCGUACAGGGUAUUUCUAGUAGUAACAGUGGUUUGUCUGCGUCCGUUGCUGAAGCAUUUGCAGCUAGAGCACAACAAGCAAGUAGUAUAGCAACGUCUAUUGCCGAAACAUAUGCUUCAGCAAAUACUGCAAUUACAUCAGCCAUAGCUAGUCGAUCACAGGCUGCAGCAGAUGCAAUCGCUUCAGCAAUAGCUAACCGUAUCGAAACGAAAAGUAAUGUAGAAAGCGCCAUUGCCGAAGCUUUGUCUGGACAAGGUUCCUCUUCUGCAUUCACUUCAGCCCUGGCAAAUGCGGCACAGAAUGCAAAUAAUGCGAUAACUUCAGCUCUUGCAACUCGGGCUGAAGCUGCCAGUAACAUCGUUGAUUCAAUUUUAGCAGCUUUGGCAAACAACCAACAAAGUUCAACAAUCAUUCAAACAUUAUCAACUAUAGCCGAGAAUAUUGCUAGGGCUAGACAAGAUGUUAUAACAGCCAUUGCACAAUCAAUAUCAUCUACACAAACACAAGCCAAUGCAGCUGCGACUAACUUCGCAAGUGUUCUAGCAGCCGUGGUUGCACAAAGAGUUGAAGCGAGAGCAAAUGUAGCCGCAGCGAUCUCAGCAUCAUUAUCUUCGUCAUCUGGUUCAUUUUUUGAAGCUUUAUCUGCAGCCGCACAAAACGCAAACAAUGUUAUCUCUGAUGCGUUGGCUCGACGGGCUCAGGCAGCGUCAAAUUUAGCUACUGCAAUUUCAGUUGCAGCCGCUGAUCGUCGUGAAGCAUUAAGUAACAUUGCCACCAGCAUCAACAACUCUCUUCAAAGUGGAUCUCAGAGCAGUGCCAUAGCCGACUUUUUUGCGGCUCAAUCACAAGCUGUAUCGAGUGCCCAAAAUGCAAUAUCAGAAUCCAUAGCUCGACGCAUUGAAGCUAAGAACGCGGCUGCCAAUUCCAUUACACAGGCCAUAGCAAGUUCUAAUUCUGGAUUUGUUCAGACAAUUUCAACCGCAAUUACGAACACAAAUAAUGCAAUUGCUUCCGCUAUUGCAGCCAGACAACAGGUUGCCACCAAUAUCGGUAAUGCCAUAUCAUCCGCUGCCCCCCAGUCACCAACAAUAAUAGCAACUGCAGCACAAAAUGCUGCUAACUCUUUUGCACAAACUCUUUCACAAGCAGCCGCAGACCGUGCAACAACUGCUAGUGCUGUUGCAAGCGCUAUUGCUACUCAAGUGCAGAAUACGGGUCAAGCAAUUGCUCAAGCACAAGCAAAUCGUGUUACAGCGGUGAGCAAUGCUGCAACUAUUGUAGCAGAAACCAUUCAACAGCGAAAGGAACAAAGGGCUACAGCCGCUUCUAAUUAUGUAAAUGCAAUCGUAACGGCUGCACAAAAUGCUCAAAAACAAAGGCAACAAUUUUUUAAUCUAUUUGGAAAAUAA